UCCAUCUCACCAUGUGAAUUGGCUGCCCCAUCACCAGGACCCCGGUCCACUGGCGCCGCUAAACAUUGCAUUUAAAACAAUCUCUCAUUCGAUCUUGCACCAAACGACGCGACAGGGGCCGUUUAGUCGCCCAAACAUCUCCCGACCCGGCGGUCGUUGCUUCAUUCUUUAUCCUUCCGCGCUCAUCUUCUGUCCUCCCACUCCCAACUCAGCGAAUCAAUCCAAUAUCCGCCUUCUUCGUUACCAUCAAGCCCUGGGCGGGGUCCCCGUAGCCGAUAAGUCAAGCUCCACGGUUAUAUAACCGAUAUGCCAUCCGUUGCCGUAAACAUUUCUCGUUCCCUGUCUUUAAUCUGUGGUCCUUGGAUCGUAAAGUGGCCUUGGUCAAUCUUCCUUACAUCCCCUCCUGCCCAGUAUGGUUGAUAAGGUAGACGCAAAACAUACCAUCAACGAUCCCUCGGAUAACUCUAUCCAGGGAUUCAGUCACCAUGCUGAGGCCGUCUUUGGCAGGGAGACCUAUGGUCCUGCUGGACUGAGAGGUCUCAUCGCGAAUCCCUAUGUCUUCCUGUGCGCCGCAUGCUCGACUUUGGGUGGCGUUUUAUUCGGCUACGAUCAAGGUGUCGUGAGCGUGAUUCUGGUGAUGGAUCAAUUCCUGGAAAGAUUCACUCGCGUUGCAGACGGCCAUCCUGGCUCGGGUUUUUGGAAAGGAUUGAUGACGGCCAUGAUUGAGUUAGGCGCCCUGCUGGGAGCGCUCAACCAAGGAUGGAUCGCGGACAAGAUCUCCCGCAAGUAUUCGAUUCUGGUUGCCGUCUUCGUCUUCGUGAUUGGAUCUGUGCUGCAGACCGCUGCAGUCGACUACGCCAUGUUGACAGUGGCCCGAUUUAUCGGAGGCCUGGGAAUCGGCAUGCUCAGUAUGGUUGCCCCACUGUACAUUUCGGAGAUUAGCCCUCCGGAGUGUCGAGGAACACUGUUGGUUUUGGAGGAAUUUUGUAUCGUGUCCGGUAUCGUGGUUGCAUACUGGAUCACGUACGGAACGCGCUUUAUAGCUGGAGAAUGGGCCUGGAGACUUCCAUUCUUGCUGCAGAUGGUGCCGGCAUUUAUUCUGGCUGGCGGUGUCUUUCUGCUGCCGUUCUCCCCUAGAUGGCUCGCCUCCAAGGGUCGUAACGAAGACGCUCUGGCCAGCCUGACGAAGCUCCGCCGCUUGCCUGCAUCCGAUAAGCGGGUUUACCAGGAGUAUUUGGACAUCCGAGCAGAAGCCAUGUUUCACCAAGAGGUCUCUGCAGAACGUCAUCCUCAUCUGCAUGACGGUAGUCAGAAGAGUUCUCUGCUCCUGGAGUUCGCAUCUUGGGCCGACUGCUUCAAGCGAGGUUGCUGGCGGAGAACACAUGUUGGAAUCGGAUUGAUGUUCUUUCAACAGUUCGUCGGUAUCAAUGCGUUGAUCUACUACUCCCCCACUCUGUUCGAGACCAUGGGUCUGGACUAUGAUAUGCAAUUGAUUAUGUCCGGUAUUCUCAAUGUCACACAGCUCGUUGGUGUCUUCUCUUCUGUCUGGACCAUGGAUACCAUUGGUAGACGCCCACUUCUGUUGAUGGGCUCUAUCUUCAUGACCAUCUCUCACAUUAUUAUCGCCGUUCUUGUUGGGCUGUUCGACAAGGACUGGCCAUCCCACCGCGCGCAGGGUUGGACUAGUGUGGCGUUCCUCUUCUUCUACAUGCUGUCUUUCGGUGCCUCGUGGGGUCCUGUCCCGUGGGCCAUGCCUUCAGAAAUUUUCCCCUCAUCUCUUCGUGCGAAGGGAGUCGCCCUUUCAACCUGUUCAAACUGGCUGAACAACUUCAUCAUUGGUCUCAUCACUCCGCCUCUGGUCCAGAAUACUGGCUAUGGAGCUUACGUCUUCUUCGCCGUCUUUUGUCUCCUCUCUUUUGUCUGGACAUACUUCUUUGUCCCUGAGACUACCGGACGCACACUUGAGCAGAUGGACCAUGUCUUCAAGGACAGCACCAACGAGGCUGACGAGGCACGCAGACAUGCUAUUGAGUGUGAGCUGCUGAGACAGGAGAGCGAGGUCCCACCAACCCUAUAAGCUAUCACUUAUCGAGCUACAGCUGGAAAUAAUAUCGGAAAACCGCCAGCCUUUCUACGGCAGAGACAGGCGGGGCUCUUGACUUUCUGUGCAGCAGAUCAGGCUCGACAGGAGGACAGUCUGUUGAUCCGCGCUCGUCUGGAUUGAAGGCAGCUUUCCUCCCCGACGUGUACUUGUCGGGAUGUAUAUAACGAUGUUAACGCAAUAUUACA